CAUUUGCCCAAGGACAGAAGCUCAGCAGAAGUUUCACUUUUUCUUUGGGGGUUGAUCUGGAGUCCCCUCCCCGUUCUUCUGGGUUCCUUGUGUGAAUGCACCUCGUGGGAAAGAAGCAAGCAAGCAAGCAGGGCUGUGAAAGGAAUCCUGGCUUUGUGACUCAAGAGAAGGGAGAAGAAGGGAAGCUGCCCCCACCCAAGUGCCUGCUUCUGUCCAUCUACUUGGUAAAAGGCCACGUGGUUCCAGGGACACCCGGUCUGCAGAGAGCUCUCUCCGAAUCCUUUCCCAACUCCCCUUUUGGACUGUGGCAUCAAGAUCUGAACACAGACCUGCAGGUCUGAGCAAUGUCUCACCCGUCAUGGCUGCCACCAAAGAACUCCAGCGAGCCUGUUGGCCAUGUGACCGCAAGGAUGGAAACCACGCAUGCUUUUGGGACCCCAAGCAUCUCCAUUUCCACUCAACAGACACCAAAGAAGUUUGCUCCGGUUGUGGCCCCCAAACCAAAGUACAAUCCUUACAGGCAGCCAGAGGGUGAAGGCGAUCUUCCUCCACCGCCACCACCGCCACUUCCUCUGGACGAUCUUGGGAACUUCCCACCACCGCCCGACUCCCUUCCCCCGCCUCUGCCUCCUCCAGAUGAAGCCCCUUUCAGCGUUCAGGCCAAUCCGGGGGGCAAGACCCUAGAAGAGAGGCGCUCCAGCUUGGACGCAGAAAUCGAUUCCUUAACCAGCAUCCUGGCUGACUUGGAGAACAGCUCGCCUUACAAGCCUCGGACACAGCAGGGCGCUGGGAUUCCAGGCGGCUCUCCGGUGGCCACCCCUCCCGUGUCUACUCCGGUGACUGGGCACAAGCGCAUGGUCAUUCCAAACCAGCCCCCUCUGACGGCCACCAAGAAAUCCGCUUCCAAGCCUGGCUCUCAGCCCUCUCCCAUCCCAGUGACCCCAGUUGGGACCCUGAAACCCCAGCCCAUGCCAGCUCCCUACACCACCGCCUCCACCUCUGCCCGCCCCACCUUCAACGUGCAGGUGAAGUCGGCUCAGCCAGCCCCUCACUUCCAGCCACCAGCCCCCCAGUACAGCAGUGUGGUCCCAAACCAAGCUGCUCAGCCUGCUCCUUCUCUGGGCCCGGCCCCCUACGCACCUUCUCCGCCUCGCCUGCCUGACUACAGUUAUGCGGCCCAGCCUGCACCUCACCCAGAGCCCAGUUACGGUUAUGCACCGCCACCACCUCGCUACCCAGAGUCUGCCUACCCCGGAGGGCCAAGCUACGGAGGGCGGAACGGCUCAGAGCCACCCUACCUGCCUCAAAAUGCCUGGAAGCCGCCGGAGCAGGGCUCUCCCUCUCCUGGGGCUGCAGCCUGGAAUCCCACUGGGCAGUACCCGCCACCCAACACGAAGAAGACCUACAUUACCGAUCCACCGUUGCUGCAACCAAAGAGUGGGCAAGCUGGUCCCGGUCCCAACCCUGCCUCAAAUACUCCUUUAUUUAGACCAGAGGAUGAGCUGGAGCACCUGACCAAGAAGAUGCUGUACGACAUGGAAAACCCCCCUUCGGAGGAGUACUUUGGCCGCUGCUCACGUUGCGGGGAGAACGUGGUCGGGGAAGGCACGGGGUGCACAGCCAUGGACCAAGUUUUCCACGUGGAGUGCUUCACCUGCAUGACCUGCAACAACACACUUCGGGGCCAGCCUUUCUAUGCGGUGGAGAAGAAGGCUUACUGCGAGCCCUGCUACAUUAAUACUCUGGAGCAGUGCAGCGUCUGCGCCAAGCCCAUCAUGGAGCGAAUUCUGCGGGCCACCGGCAAGGCCUAUCAUCCCCACUGCUUUACCUGUGUGAUAUGCCAGCGCAGCCUGGACGGCAUCCCUUUCACGGUGGACGCCGGCGGGAACAUCCAUUGCAUCGAGGAUUUCCACAGGAAAUUUGCCCCUCGGUGUUCCGUCUGCAAGGAGCCCAUCAUGCCUGCUCAGGGCCAGGAGGAGACGGUCCGUAUUGUGGCCUUAGACCGUGACUUCCACGUACAGUGCUACCGGUGUGAGGACUGCGGAGGGCUCCUUUCUGAAGGAGACAACCAGGGCUGUUACCCUCUGGAUGGGCACAUCCUUUGCAAGACCUGCAACUCAGCUCGGAUCCAGGCCCUGACGGCAAAGGCGAGCACCGACCUCUGAAUGCCUCCGAUCAGCCUCUAGGGGAAAGAGCACCACCCCUGCCUCUUGGGCAGCUGGAAGGGUUUGGGACAACGAGAUGUGCUUUUGGAGGGCUUGACCCUGAGCUGCAAACCUCACAUCAUGGUGUCUUCCAGUCUACACUACAGACUUAAACUGAUUUAGUGUUCACUCCCUCUCCCCAAUAAGGAAACCUGGAAAUUGUAGUUCUGUGAAGGCCAGCUCGGGCUUACUUGCAUAGAAUCCUCAGCACCCUCAAGAAACCACAAUUCCCAGGAUUCUUUGAGGGCAGCCAUGACAGCUGAACUGGUCUUAAAUUGAAAUGUAGUGUAGAUAUAGCCAGUGCCUCUGCGGGCAAAGUUUGCAAUGCAGCUUUAGCUGCCUCCUGGCUUCACAGGGUCAAGAGUAGUUCCUCCGGCACCUUUCCUUGUCUCCAUCCUCUUCCAGUUUAACCACCUCUCAAAUUAGCAACGCUUUCUAUCAUAGAAAUUUUACCCAGCUAGCAACGCUUCCAAUCACAGGUGCUGCUUAGGGCUUUUCUUUUUCUCUCUCACAUGAGCCAUCAAGUUCCAAGCUUGUUUGCACACUGUUACACAGAAACACAUUUUAUAUCUCCAUCUAUACGUGUAUAUGAUAAUGUAUUGUAAUAUUUUGCUAGUGCCUUAAAGUCAGCGAUGCAGAGUAAGGAGCUACAACAAUGACUAAGGGAUGGGACGUUUUAUAGACAAUCGACAGACGCUUGUUUGGAAACAUAUUGCCUCUGAAUCCCAGUUGCAGGGGAGCAACAGCAGGAGAGGGUUCAUGCUCUUCUUUCAUGCCUAUGGGCUCCCCAGAGGCAAACAGGGGGCUGGACUAGAUAGGCCUCCUUGGGCCUGAUCCAGCAAGGCUGUUCUUAGGUUCUUAUUCUGGUAGAAGUGCCUUAAAGCAUGUUCGAAAAAUCAACCUAGUUGCACCUCUGUUGACUAACAUGGUUGGAUUGCAACCACAAACAGAAUGAACUCAGUUUUUCAGCGAGGGAAUAACAUUCACACUCUCUACUGACACAUUCAUACUAUCACCUCCACCUGAAUGAGAAUUCAGGCAGGAGACACACACAUACACUACCACUGCAAUUAAAUUUUGCACACGUU